AUGGUGACAAUUGGGAAUGCACAUGACGAUUUGAUUCAUGAUGCAGUAUUGGAUUAUUAUGGAAAGCGAUUAGCCACUUGUUCUUCUGACAAAACCAUCAAAAUAUUUGAUCUUGACGGCACAGAUAAUUAUAAAUUGGUUACCACAUUAACGGGACACGAAGGACCAGUUUGGCAAGUGUCCUGGGCACAUCCUAAAUUUGGGUCUAUAUUGGCUUCGUGCUCAUACGACGGGAAAGCAUUGAUUUGGAAGGAGCAACCAGAAACUCAGCAAUGGUCAAUAAUUGCCGAACACACUGUUCAUCAAGCAAGUGUCAAUUCUGUGUCAUGGGCUCCUCAUGAACUAGGGGCUGUUUUAUUGUGCACUUCUUCAGAUGGAAAAGUCUCAGUGGUGGACUUCAACGAUGAUGGUACCACUUCACAUGUCGUAUUUGAUGCUCACGCAAUAGGGGCCAAUUCCGCCACUUGGGCUCCCGUAUCAACCUCAUCAAAAGAUUCUGCUACAUUAAAACAACAACGUAGAAUAGUUAGUUGUGGGUCUGACAAUUUAGCCAAAAUCUGGAAGUACGAUGCUGCUAACAACACCUAUAUCGAGGAGGCGAAAUUGGAAGGUCAUACUGAUUGGGUAAGAGAUGUAGCUUGGUCACCAUCUAAUUUAAUCAGAUCUUACAUUGCUACUGCAUCACAAGAUCGCACUGUGUUCAUCUGGACCCAGGACAGAGAUGGCAAAUGGCAAAAACAGUUAUUAACAGAAGAAAAGUUUCCUGAUGUGUGCUGGAGAUGUUCCUGGUCAUUAUCAGGAAACAUUUUGGCUGUGUCUGGUGGCGACAAUAAGGUGAGUUUGUGGAAGGAGAACUUACAAGGAAAAUGGGAAUCAGCUGGUGAAGUUGAUCAGUAA